GAGGCAUUCAACUCCAGUGAAUGAAGUGCUGUGAAUGUGAAUUCGAAUCCCCCAUGCCCGAGGUGAAGGGGUCCGCGGUGCGCACAGGGGAUUCGAAAACCAAAUACGCUUUUGUGGAUUGAAACUUUGGUAACCAAAGGGCCACUGAAUUGAUGGAAAAGUAGUAGUGAUCCACGGCCGAUGGAUCCGGGUUACAAAGUGUCCAGCCUUUUGCCUAUCUAAACCCGGAGAAUAGAAACUUCUGAAGUUCCCGUUGUCAAGUGACAGAUUCAAACACGGACCUAAAUGAUGUGACUGCAAGCAUCGAUUCUCUAGGACGGGUUUACAACGGACCUCCACUGAUUUUCUCUUUCACAAAUUAGCUUGUGGUGAUUUCUCUCUGGAUUGUUGCCUGUAAUUUCCGCACUUUAUUAUCCAUAUAAAUGGGAAGAGGAUUAUUUGAAUUGGAUUAUACAGUUACCCGUUAAACAAGAACGCACGACUGAGACGUGAUGACAAACUCCAAGAAGCGAUAGAACUGUUCUAAACGUCUGCCUAAAUAACAUGUAAAUUUUUUUUUUAAAAACUCGAAACUUGCUUCCAUAGCUUUUGGAUAUCACGUCAGUUUAUAACUAUUGAUUCACCGCAGAGCACGCGUCCUAUUCCCAUUUUGCGGGCAGUUUGUUCUCGGUAGAUUUUUAUGUUCUCCACAAUUCAUGGAAUACUACUUUUGAGACGAGAUAUUGGAAUAACAUUUGAAAUAUUAACCAAUCAUUAACUAUUUUAUUUCGUAAUUUUCUCGGUAUUCUGAAACCAGUUUUGAAAUUGACAUCAAGAUUAUGAAGGAGUGGAUUGUUGAAGUAUUUAACGAAUAAUUUGGAUUAAUCAAGCAAUAUUCUCAGACGAGAGACGUUGAAUAAUGUCGCCAACUUCUAUUGGGAUUGCGGUAUUCCUUGGAAUUCUCCAUGUGUGCUCAGGAUCCCGUCUGCGCCAGGAGGACUCCCCACCCCGGAUCGUAGAGCACCCUUCUGACCUGAUCGUGUCCAAGGGGGAGCCCGCCACCCUCAACUGCAAGGCGGAGGGGAGGCCCAGCCCUACGGUGGAGUGGUACAAGGACGGGGAGCGGGUAGAAACGGACCGGGACAACCCUCGAUCUCAACGCAUGCUGCUGCCCAGCGGCUCCCUCUUCUUCCUACGUAUCGUCCACGGACGACGCUCCAAACCGGAUGAGGGCUCCUACGUCUGUGUCGCCCGCAACUACCUGGGAGAAGCCAUCAGCCACAACGCCUCGUUGGAAGUAGCAUUACUACGUGAUGACUUCAGACAGAACCCUGCUGAUAUAAUGGUGGCAGCGGGCGAGCCUGCAGUCCUAGAGUGUAUGCCCCCUCGCGGGCAUCCUGAACCUAGCAUAUCCUGGAAGAAGGACGGUGCCAACAUCGAUGACAGAGAUGAACGAAUCACUAUCCGGGGAGGAAAGCUGAUGAUAACCAAUGCCAGAAAAAGCGAUGCUGGGAAGUAUGUGUGUGUCGGGACCAACAUGGUGGGAGAGAGGGAGAGUGAGAUCGCUGAGCUCACUGUGCUCGAGCGACCCAGCUUUGUGAAGCGUCCCGGCAGCCAGGUGUUGCUGGUGGACCAGAGCGUGGAGUUCAGGUGUGAGGCCCGUGGUGACCCAGUUCCCACCGUCCGCUGGAGGAAAGAGGACGGAGACCUGCCCAAGGGAAGAUAUGAGAUCCGUGAGGACCACACCCUGAAGAUCCGUCGUCUGAGCUCUGCAGACGUGGGUUCUUACACCUGCGUGGCAGAGAACAUGGUGGGCAGGGCGGAGGCGUCGGCCACCCUCACCGUCCACGUCCUUUCUGUGCCCCCUGUGUUUGUGGUGCGGCCCAGGAACCAGGUGGUGGCAGUGGGGAGGACCGUCACCUUCCAGUGUGAGGCCACAGGAAACCCUCAACCUGCUAUCUUCUGGCAGAGAGAGGGCAGCCAGAACCUGCUCUUCUCCUACCAGCCCCCCCAGCCCUCUAGCCGCGUCUCCGUCUCCCAGACGGGGGACCUGACUAUCACAGAUGCAGAGCGCUCAGACGUGGGCUACUACAGCUGCCAGGCCCUCAACAUCGCUGGCUCUGUCAUCACCAAGGCCCUGCUGGAGGUCACUGACGUUGUGUCUGAUCGCCCACCUCCAGUUGUCCGCCAGGGUCCGACCAAUCAGACAGUCUCUGUGGACGGGACGGUAGUUUUGAGUUGCCUAGCAAUGGGUAAGCCCACCCCCACCAUCCUUUGGAGGAAGGAUGGGGUGUUGGUGUCCACUCACGACUCCCGGGUCAAACAGCUGGACACGGGCGCACUGCAGAUCCGCUAUGCCAAGCUGGGUGACACAGGCAUGUACACAUGCAUCGCCUCCACUCCCAGUGGCGAGGCCUCGUGGAAGGCCUACCUGGACGUUCAAGAGUUUGGUGUUCCAGUGCAGCCGGCCAGACCCACUGACCCCAACCUGAUCCCCAGCGCCCCCUUCAAACCUGAGGUCACUGACGUCACCCGUACCUCCGUCACUCUGUCCUGGAAGCCCAACUUCUCAGGAGCCACGCCCACCUCCUACAUCAUAGAGGCCUUCAGUCAUGCGUCAGGCAGCAGCUGGCAGACCCUGGCAGAACAUGUGAAGACUGAGUCGUAUGUACUGAAGGGCCUGAAGGCCAGUGCUGUCUACCUCUUCCUUGUCCGAGCUGCUAACGCCUACGGCCUGAGUGACCCGAGCCCCAUCACUGACACUGUCAAAACACAAGAUAUCCCCCCCACCAGUCAGGGAGUGGACCACCGUCAGAUCCAGAGGGAGUUAGGAGAGGUGGUCAUCCACCUUCACAACCCCACCAUCCUCUCCUCCUCCUCUGUCAGAGUGCAGUGGACGGUGGAGCAGCAGUCUCAGUACAUCCAGGGUUAUAAGGUGAUGUACCGUGCCUCUCCAGAGGGCCAGCAGAGGAGUGACUGGGCUGUGUUUGAGGUGAGAACUCCAGGGGAGGACAGUACUGUGGUGCCCCAGCUCAGGAAGGGAGUCACCUACGAGUUCAAAGUUCGCCCCUUCUUCAACGAGUUCCAGGGAACAGACAGUGAGGUCAAGAUAGCUAAGACUCUGGAGGAAGUUCCCAGUGCAGCCCCUCGAGGGGUUACCGUCACAGAGAGCGGGGACAAUGGGACUGCCAUCGUGGUCUCCUGGCAACCGCCUCCAGAGGAGGAGCAGAACGGGGUGGUCCAGGAGUACAAGAUCUGGUGUUUGGGGAAUGAGAGCAGGUACCAUAUCAACCGUACGGUGGACGGCUCUACCUUCUCCUUGCUGAUCUCCAGCCUGGCUCCAGGGAUCCGUUACAGUGUGGAGGUCGCAGCCAGCACUGGGGCAGGCCCAGGGGUCAAGUCUGAUGUCACCUUCUUCCAGAUAGACUCAUCGGGGCAUGUGACGGAGGGUGUGUUGGAGCCGGAGAACACCCUGUCCCAGCAGAUCAGUGAGGUGGUGAAACAGCCGGCCUUCAUAGCGGGGAUAGGAGCGGCCUGUUGGAUCAUCCUCAUGAUGUUCAGUAUCUGGCUCUACCGACAGCGUAAGAAGAGGAGUGGCCUCAGCACUGACUACGCAGGCAUCCGCAAGGUGCCAUCCUUUACCUUCACUCCUACAGUGGCGUACCAGAGAGGGGGAGAGGCUGUCAGCAGUGCUGGAAGGCCAGGUUUGCUGAACAUUGGGGAGUCUGCUACCCAGCCCUGGUUGGCUGAUACCUGGCCCAACUCCUGCUCCAAUCACAACGACUGUAGCAUGAACUGCUGCACCGCAGGACAGGGCAACAGUGACAGCAACCUGGCUACAUACAGCCGCCCAGCCGACUGCAUCGCCAACUAUAACAACCAGAUGGAGAGCAAGCAGACCAACCUGAUGGUGCCGGAGGGAGGAGUGUACGUAGACGUGGACCUCUCCAACAAGAUCAACGAGAUGAAGACCUUCAACAGCCCCAACCUGAAGGACGGACGCUUCGUUGGGCCAGGGGGACAGCCCACCCCGUACGCCACCACACAGCUCAUUCAGUCUUCUAUCCUGGGAAACAACAUCAACACAGACAGAGACAGAGGGAGUGGAGGGGUAGGAGGGGGAGGGGAGACAAACGAGAAACACGGCUGGAAACCCACCCCUGUUCAGGAGCAGAAGCAACAGGAAAUGACCUCACAGCUCCACCAGUAUAACAUCAUGGAGCAGAACAAGCUGAACAAGGACCACUACAGAGGGGACUGUCCCAUGGCUACUACCAUCCUCUAUAACCAGACCCACGAGGCCCACACCCAGGGCUCCUACAACAGCUCUGACCAUGGCAGCAGCAGCACCUCCGGGAGUCAAGGUCAAAAGAAGGGAGUGCGCACCCCCAAACUACCCAAACAGAGCGCAAUGAACUGGGCUGACCUACUGCCUCCUCCCCCUGCUAACCCACCUCCCUGCCGCAACAUGGAGGAGUACUCCCUGUCCAUGGACGAGAGUUAUGACCCAGAUAUGCAGUGCUCCCUGCCCCCCUCCCGCAUGUACCUGCAGCCAGACGAGCUGGAGGAGGAGGAGGAGAUGGAGAGGGGUCCCACUCCCCCCGUCAGAGGUGCUGCCUCGUCCCCCGCCGCGGUGUCCUACAGCCACCAGUCCACAGCCACCCUCACCCCCUCGCCCCAGGAGGAGCUGCAACCCAUGCUCCAGGACACAACAGACAGCAUGGUCUCUGCACACGAACGCAGACGCCAUGUAGUGAGCCCCCCUCCCCGGCCCCUCUCCCCCUCACACACCUACGGCUACAUCUCCAGCCCCCUGUCCCUGGACACAGAUGGCAUGGAGGAGGAGGAGGAGAUGUUGGAGGAAGAGGAGGAGGAAGGGGACGAGACAGACGCGGAGGUGGCCAAGGUGCACCACCACCACACCCACCCUCACCACCCUCACCACCCCCAGCAAAUGCACACCAGGAGGCUGCUGCUGCGGGGCCUGGAGCAGACCCCAGCCUCCAGCGUGGGGGACCUGGAGAGCUCUGUGACGGGCUCCAUGAUCAACGGCUGGGGUUCAGCCUCCGAGGAGGACAACGCCUCGUCAGGACGCUCCAGCGCCGUCAGCUCCUCAGACGGAUCCUUCUUCACAGACGCCGACUUCGCCCAGGCCGUGGCGGCUGCUGCAGAGUACGCAGGCCUCAAGGUGGCCAAGUACCCCAACCCCACGCAAGGCCAGGAGGGAGGCCCCGGAGCGCGAAAGUACCAAAUGAUCCCCUCAGGCCAUCGUCCUGGCAGCCCCCCGUCCACAGACAGUAACAUGAGCACGGCCAACAUGCAUAAGAGGCCUCCUAAGAAGCAGAAACAGCACCCUGCAGCGGGCCACCCAGGGCUCCAGAGACGAGAGACCUACGCAGAAGAUCUGCCUCCUCCUCCCAUCCCCCCUCCAGCAGGGCUCAAGUCCCCCACACACCCCUCCAAGACAUCCCUGGAGGCCCGGGGGAUGAUGUCUCCCAAGGCAGGCGAGGGCAGGGACAGGAGAGGGGGCUCAGGAGGAGGGUACCGGCCACGGGAGGGAUCGGACCCCCGUACCAGCUCCUCAGAGCGCCGGGAGACCCAGGACAGACAGAAGAUCCCCCGCGCAGGGAAAGGGAACAAACAGGAGGGGGGCAGCACCAAGGCACGCCAACACCCAGGACCAGAGGACAUCCUGCCCUACAGCCGCCCCUCCUUCCCCACAGUCCACAGUCCCAGAGACAGGGACCCCAGCUCCUCCAGCUCUAUGUCCUCCCGGGGCUCAGGGGGCCGGCGGAGAGGAGAGGGGGGGCCGGGGGCCCGCAGGAACCCCAACGACAUGGGGGCCUUCCAGCCAGGAGACGAUGACUUAGAGAUGGUGGAGACCUGAAGUACUAGAUGGGAUGAACAGGAAGUACUGUCCAGAAUGAAGUUUCUGAGAAGAGGAAUGCUGUGAUCGUUCCUCUGUCCAUUUUAAAUAUCUCAGUAUCUCACCAUCAUGUUUGCUGACAAAUACUGUACAUCAAUUGUGUUUCUAUACACCUGGAAAACAGACCAAUUGUUUUUCUAAUUUAUCAUUUUCUAUGUCCAUUUUACAGAAGAAAAAAAAUGCCGGAGGAAAAAAGAAUGGUACUUGAAUCCAAAGCAAAAUACUCAUUAGAACAUACACUAUAUACAGUACCAGUCAAAAGUUUGGACACACCUUCUCAUUUCAGAGUUUUUCUUUAUUUUUACUAUUUUCUACAUUGUAGAAUAAUAGUGAACACAUUAAAACUAU